AACAUAAUUGAUCGAUAAUGUACUAAACUGUUAUAAAUUAAAUUCAGUAGGUACCUGUUAGUUAUAUGACAUUAGUCUACUGCAACGUUAGAUAACAUCUCAUUUUAAAACCAAUUAAUAUUAAAUUUAAACAUUUACAUGGAAAUGGCGAAUCCAAACGUGGAAGUAUUAUUUAAUCAGAUAUUUAUUAACAACAAAUUUGUUAGCUCAGUCAGUGGAAAAACAUUUCCUACUAUCAAUCCUGCAAAUAAAAAGAUAAUUGCCAAUGUUGCCGAAGGGGAUCAGGCUGAUAUCGACUUGGCAGUUAAUGCAGCAAGAACUGCGUUUCAACCAGGUUCUGAGUGGCGCUCGAUGGACGCAUCUGCUCGGGGCAAAUUAAUUUAUAAAUUAUCCGAAUUGAUAAAUCAAAACAAAUAUCAUUUGGCUAACUUAGAGUCAUUAGACACUGGUAAACCAUUCAGCAACUCGUUAAUAGAAGUGGAAACCACUGUUUCAUUUUUUCAAUAUUAUGCUGGAUUUGCUGACAAAAUUCAUGGAAAAACCAUACCAGCAGAUGGGCCUCAUUUUUCCUUCACAAAACUUCAACCCAUUGGAGUCGUUGGACAAAUUAUACCAUGGAACUAUCCAAUUUUGAUGUUGGUUUGUAAGUGGGGAGUAGCUCUUGCCGCUGGAUGUACAAUUGUAUUAAAACCAGCUGAACAGACUCCUCUUACUGCUUUGCAUAUCGCAGCACUGACGAAAGAAGCAGGAUUUCCCGAUGGAGUUAUUAAUGUUGUUCCCGGGUACGGUCCAACGGCGGGUAAAGCUAUAGCUAGCCAUCCAGACAUAAACAAAGUGACUUUUACUGGAUCAACGGAAGUUGGAAAAUUAAUAAUGGAAGAAGCUGCCAAAUCCAAUUUAAAACGUGUUACAUUAGAACUAGGUGGAAAAAGUCCUCUCGUAAUAUUCGAUGAUUUUGAUGUUGACGAAGCUGCUGAUAUUGCUCAUGACGCGGUGUUUACCAACAUGGGACAAAAUUGUUGUUCAGCUUCUAGAACAUUUGUUCAAGAAGGUAUUUAUGAUAAAUUUGUCGAAAAAGCCACAAAACUUGCAUCCAACAAAAAAAUUGGCGAUCAGUUUGAUCCCGAUACACAAGUAUGGCCUUUAAUCGAUGAAAGUCAGUACAAUAAAGUCUUAAGCAUGAUUGAAAGCGGUAAAAAGGAAGGAGCUAAAUUGGAAACUGGUGGAUGUAAAGUGGGCAAUACAGGAUAUUUCGUACACCCAACAGUAUUUUCUAAUGUGACUGAUGAUAUGAUAAUUGCUAAAGAAGAAAUAUUUGGGCCUGUUCAACAAAUUAUAAAAUUUAAAACAUUGGACGAAGUUAUCAAACGAGCAAAUGAAACUAAAUAUGGAUUAGCUGCUGGGGUAUUAACUAAGGAUAUAAGCACUGCAUUGAAGUAUAUGGAAAACGUGGAUGCUGGUAUAGUUUGGGUUAACUGUUAUCUUUCCUUCACUCCACAAGCUCCAUUUGGAGGAUUCAAACAAUCAGGAUUUGGAAAAGAACUGGGAGAAGAUAGUUUCAAGGACUAUUUAGAAAUAAAAACCGUCACAAUUAGAAAAUAAGAUUCGUCUUCCGUUUAAAUAUUAAUAAUAAAUCUAAUAUUUAAAAUUA